CUAUUAUACUUUUGUUACCUGCCGCACUGUCUUCUUGCAUCACUUAUACAUUCCUUUCAAUUAUUCAACACUGCAAUGGCAGCGCAACGUGUGUUCUUAAGUCUGUUACACUCCUUACUGGUUCCUUACUUGGUUCACACCAGCAUGACAGGAGUGAACAAAGGCACCACAGAAGGAGUGUUUCUGCAUGUGUGUCACAAAGUCUACGACACUGAGCGGUAUUACUGAUUGCUUUGAAUUACUCACCAGUAGCGAAUGACAGUGUAUUAAUUAACACGGAAAGACAGGUUUUGCAAGUGUAGUCUAAAGACUAAGGCAGCUAACUGUAAUACUUAUUCCUUUCAAUUACUGGACACUAGAAUGGCAACACAAUAAUUAACAACACAGAAAAGACCGUUUUGUUACAAGGUGUUGCUGAUUCCUUUACAUUUUUCAACACCAAGAACGACAAACAAGAAUGAACAAUACAAUGUACUGUAGAGUGUUUGGAUGCAAGUGUUUUCUUAAGUCUGUUCGUGUUUUCCUCGUGGGAACAAACAGAUCCUGUCACUUUUUGUCUGUUUGUUUUGAUUCUCAGGUCGAUUUGCUUCCCAGAAGAGAGAGAGAGAGAGAGAGAGAGAGCGAGAUGAAUACCAAAAGUCUGUUGGUGGUGAUGAUGGUGGUGGUGAUGAUGGUGGCGGUGACCGAGGGUUAUGGUCGUCCUGACUGUCCCGGAAUUUGUACAUUGGAAUAUGACCCCGUGUGCGGCACUGACGGCAACACCUACGGUAAUGAGUGUCAGCUGAGAGAUGAGCGACGCUGCAACAACCCCAGCCUCCGUAUUGCUCACAGAGGGAAGUGCUACUACCAACUGGCACAGGAAGGGACAAGAGCUCGUUCCAUCGAGAAGUACGAGAUGCUGUUACGCGGCUGUAAAUGGAAGUUACCCGAGGCGUUCACGGAUGUUCUCAUGACUGAUCACUAUGAGCCCGUGUGCGGCAGUGACGGCAUGACCCACGGCAAUGAGUGCUUCGUGGAGGCACAAACAAACUGCUUCCACCCUUCCCUCUACGAGUCGUCCACAGAGGAGAGUGUUACAACGACCAUGCUUAGCACCCCAGCAGCAAGACAGACCCACAGCAGCCGCCACACACCAGUCACAAGCAUGACAGGAGUGAACAAAGGCACCACAGAAGGAGUGUUUCUGCAUGUGUGUCACAAAGUCUACGACACUGAGCGAUUUGCUUCCCAGAAGAGGAGAGCGAAAGAGAUGAAUAACAAAAGUCUGUUGGUGGUGAUGAUGGUGGUGGUGAUGAUGGUGGCGGUGACCGAGGGUUAUGGUCGUCCUGACUGUCCCGUAAUUUGUACAUUGGAAUAUGACCCCGUGUGCGGCACAGACGGCAACACCUACGGUAAUGAGUGUCAGCUGAGAGGCGAGCGACGCUGCAACAACCCCCACCUCCGUAUUGCUCACAAAGGGGAGUGUUACUAUUGUCACGGUGUCUGCGAUGUGAACUGUACAGAUCACUAUGAGCCCGUGUGCGGCAGUGACGGCAUGACCCACGGCAAUGAGUGCUUCGUGGAGGCACAAACAAACUGCUUCCACCCUUCCCUCUACGAGUCGUCCACAGAGGAGAGUAAAAGACCGUUUUGUUACAAGGUGUUGCUGAUUCCUUUACAUUUUUCAACACCAGAACGACAAACAAGAAUGAACAAUACAAUGUACUGUAGAGUGUUUGGAUGCAAGUGUUUUCUUAAGUCUGUUCGUGUUUUCCUCGUGGGAACAAACAGAUCCUGUCACUUUUUGUCUGUUUGUUUUGAUUCUCAGGUUGAUUUGCUUCCCAGAGAGAGAGAGAGAGAGAGCGAGAUGAAUACCAAAAGUCUGUUGGUGGUGAUGAUGGUGGUGGUGAUGAUGGUGGUGGUGACCGAGGGUUAUGGUCGUCCUGACUGUCCCGGAUUUUGUACAUUGCAAUAUGACCCCGUGUGCGGCACAGACGGCAACACCUACGGUAAUGAGUGUCAGCUGAGAGGCGAGCGACGCUGCAACAACCCCCACCUCCGUAUUGCUCACAAAGGGGAGUGUUACUAUUAACUCCCCAAGCCUCAACACAGACCUACAGCAGCAGCCACUCAGCAGUUACGACCCAGCAUAGCAGUCACAAGGCAGUGGUUCACAACAGCAGUUAAUCAUCAAAUUAGUCACCCACUUUCUUACGCAGUGAAGUAAUGACGCAGUCUUCACUACCCCCCUAACGCAAUGUGUCCGAAACUUAUCAGAACCCUGCCACACAUAUACAGGCAGUAAAUAAACAAGGCAA